CAACGUUACGCGCUCUCGCUAAAUUUCGCUGCUCGAGAAUUCGGUUUUGCGCCUGCGCAACUUGAAAACUGCGCUUCUUAUCAGCAGCAGCGCUGCGUUGCACAGUGAUUCGUUCUCAUUGGUUUUGUUUGCAAAGUGUUUUGCGUGCAAGUUUCCUGUUUGCUGCGGAAAUGCACAAGGCAAAGGAAAUUCAACAGACAACAAACGGAAAUUGACAUGAAUCUGUGACGUUCAAAUAAAACACAAACCAAAAUUAAUUGCAACAAAGCGCAAACGACAAUAAUUUGCGCGCAAAGUCAACAUUUUUAAUAGAAAUAAUAAUAAUAAGCAAUCAGCAAUCAGAAAUCAGAGUGAACACACACAGAAACCAAAAAACCACAGUGAGGCUGCUGCCAACAAUAGCCGCUUACAUUGAUUUAUAGCUCGAGUGUAAAUAAUUGCAACAAAAGCGCACAAAGCGAAUUAAACAUACCCGAAACAUAAACGAAACGACACAAAGUGUAUUGAAUGCUAUUGGAGAUGAAAUUGCUGCUGCAUUGAUGAGCUGAAGCGAUUCUGAAGCGCGUUUAACGUUUAAUUUUGUGUACUUUGUAUAAAAUUUCAACAUGGAUAGCGGAAGCGUCGUUAGCGAACCGAUAUCCGCGCAUCAUCGCGCGUUUGCCAAACAGAAAUCGGCCUCCAUGACCAUACUCAAUCCGAAGAGCUGUGCUAGCGCAGCCAAAUACAGUCUACAUAAUGCCGCCCACAAUCAGCACGAUAGCAACAUGAGCAGCUCUGCUUCACAUUGCUCCUCCACCACUGGACGUAGACGCAAGGGCGGCUCCUUGGGCGGCACGCUCUCUUCACGCUCCACACGCAGUGAGUCGAAGGAGUUGCGUACUGCGCUGCAGGAUCGCGAGGCUGUUAUACAAAAUCUGCGCAUACAGCUUUGCCUGGGCAAACUGCCACGCCCCAGCGGCCCGCCUCUCGACGAGUCGGAAAAGCCAGCUGCCGAACAGAAGCUGCAACGCCUCAAAGCCGAAGCGGAGAACAAAAGAAUCAAAAUCAAGAAUCUCAAAAGCGCACUGGAGAAGUUGGAUAUCACCGACAACAUAGACAUACGCAUACGUCAGGCGGAGCUGGAAUAUGCUUUAGGUCGCGAGGAGUUGCAGAUGCUGUCUGUGGUGGAGGAAGCGCGUGCGCUGCAGGCGCGUCUGGAGAAGUCCAAGCCCGAGGCACAAACGCUCUACAACAUUAUCAACUCCGGCGUAACGUUAAGUCUGCAUGCCGUAACUGCUACGAGUGGACGCUGGGCGGCUCAGCAGCGACCGGAGCAGUCGGGUUUCUUUGUCGAGUGGGCACUGGAGGGAGAUGGUUUAUACAAGGGCGAUCGCAUCUUGGAGAUCAAUGGCAAAUUGGUCACCAGCAAGACCAAAGAGGAGCUGCAAAAGCAUGUGGGCAACUCGGGCAAGUGUCAGAUGGUUGUGCUGCGCAAGAAAUCCAUGCCCAUACCACAGAAACAGCUCGACCAGGAGAAGGAGAACAAUAUGCGUCUGCAGCAUCGCAUUUCCUACCUGGAGGAGCAAGUGCGUGAGCUGCAAACGGUGAGCGUCAAGGAGCUGCAACAGCAAAAGCAACAGCUGACGACCAACAAUGCGCAUGUCACUAGCAUAAGCAUUUCCUCACCACCAUCUCCCUCGACGCCACCCGAUAAGCCGCUGAUCUUUCAACGCGGCAAUUACAUUACGACCUUGGUGGGCGGCAAGCCCAUCGAGCUGGUCGCCGAGGAGCCCCCAGCACAUGUAACCAAAACGCUCAUCAAGGAGAACACGCACAUUGAUCUGCGCGAGCGCUUGCCACAGUCUCAUCUCUACGCCAUGCCCUCCAAGUCGCUGUCCGCCUCCAGAAUAUCCAUCAAUAGCGACUCUGCCUACAUGCAGCAGCAGAAGCGUGAAAAGGAGCGUCAGCGUGAGCGGCAUGUGCGCCAAAGAGACAGAGAGCGCACCCAUGAUGCACUGCAGCAACAACAGCAGCUGCAUCGCGAGCAUCUCAUGGCGCGCAGCGUGGAGCAGCUCAAUCAGUACAAUGGCUUGGAGCGACGUCCACAGCGUCCUAGUGAGGCGCACACAUUGCGCGCUCGCCUGCCCAGCGAUAUGCGUAGCGUCAAGUCCUUGGACUUCGAUAGUGAAUCUGAAACCCACAAGCCAGCUACAGUGCGUCCCACGCCGCCCAAGAAACCGCUGCGUCUCUCACUGCAACGCGCCCAGAGUCUACAAACUGUGGAGCUCCAUGCCAAUGCGGAUUUGGAUCGUAAGCGACCCAUGAAACGUGUGCACAACAAAAGCGGCGGCUCCUCCGCCUCCUCGCCCAGCGACGAAAGCGUGCACAACCCACAGCUCAUCGAGCACUGCAGUCCCAUGCACACAGCCUCGCUGGGGCGGCACAAGCUUAUCUAAAAAUUCCGAAUCUCUCUUAGCAUAACUCUAAAUUUAUUUUAGUAUUUUAGUAGGGGAACUGCUGCAAUGCAGCUGUGAUUCUCAAACAGGCGGACAUGUGCAAAAUU